ACUGCCUUACGCUUCCCUAAGUUCCCUAAGACACUUCCUUGUGCGAAAAAUUUGCAAUAUCUGCGAUCUGUGCAAUUUGAGCUCUUCAUCAUGUCAUUGUACCCGGAUCACACCUUGAGCCUAACCUCUUUGACCAUCACGGAGUGCUUGGGCUGCCAGAAUUUGACUGCCAACUUCUCCAAGGCCGACAACGUGCACGUCAUCGUCUACAACUCGCUCAAUGUCCCGCCCAAGGACCAGCAGGCCGUGACUCCGGUGGGUCAGGCCAUCCUCCUGCUCAGCUCGCAGUCCUACGCCGACGCCCACCUCGAGAGUGCGCCCUUCCUGAAAACCGGAAAAGGCUCCAUCAUCUUGCGCUUCGAGAUGAUCCCCGCGAGACCCGCUGACGAGGGCGAGGCUGCCGCCGGGGAGGAUGAGGACAGCGAUCUGGACAUGGAUCCCUGCACCUCGAGGCAGGCCCUGGAGCGCAUAAAGCGGCGGGAGGAGCGGAAGGAGCGCCGCCAGAGCCAGGUUGCGGAGAAGGAGCGUCUGUCGAAGAGUGUCCAGGUGUACGUGAAGAGGCGCUUCGAUGAGCUCGCCUUCUUGGACAAGGUUUUCGUGGAGAUCGAUGGGGGAGAACUGGAAAUGAUGACAGUCCAAUGCUUUAUUAGCCAGUUCUUUGUGAGCCCCACUCACUCGCAGAGUUUUCUGGGGAAAGUUCACGAAAAGUACGGGGGCAACUGGCUGAAGGUCAUACAAAGCGACCGGGACGACACCAGUCACUUCACUGAUUCCGACAGCCCCUUCCUGACCUUUGUCAACCUCUUCGAUCGCACCGCCGUGAAGCCUCAGGACCUGAGCUACAGAGUCGGAAAGGUCUACCUCGAGGUCAGCGAGAGACUAUGGAUCCAGGAGCGCAGAUUCGUGCUGGACCUCUUCAACCAGGUCCGUCGCAUUUUCGAGUUCAUAACGAACAACGAGCACACCGUUUGGUUUGUCCUGCCUGAGCGCCAAGUGAAGGAUCCGACGCGGCCGAUGUCCCUAGAAGACUUAGACUUUUCCGAGGUGCGGUCGUGCAUCCGGGCCGUCGCGGACAAGUCGGAUGUCUCCUGCACCGACUCGAAUCAUAGUCUCAAGGACGCGCUGAUGGUGUCCUUCCAGUUGGCGUUCGCCACCCACGUGCGCCAGUCUCUGAUGGUUCUAAGUCACAUGGAAACUCUGUCUGAGUACAUGACCAUGCAGUACAUCUCGGCGCAGUACAUGAACGAUCUCUACGUGAAGGAGGCCUCUGAUCCUCAAUGGAUAUGCCACUGUUACUUGCAGCGCAUCGUGAACAUGGCCCUGUUUAUGGGGACCGUGGUCCUGAUUGAGUUCCCCAGCGCCUUCACCCUCCUCAACGGAGGCCGCAAGCUCCUCAAGUGCUACCAGCGGCACGUCAAUGACGAGAGUGUCUGGGAGCUCUUCGAAGACGUCUCCAAGGAGGACAAUUUCUCCGUGAACAACAUGAAGAAGCACGUCGACCUCAUGAAGCAUACGCAGUAACUGGGAAUUCGUUAUCUAUGACCUCACCCGAAGCAUGCAUCCUGCCACACGCAAAUGGCAAAUAGUUCCAUGCUUAUUUUCUAAUUUCGCCCACUGAACUCCGGCUGAAUGCAUAUUCUUCAGCUUCAUUUCAUUAGGGUUUUGCCGGCUGUCAGUUUGAAUCGGGAGCAGGCAAGCAGGGUCCUGGGCCACCUCUCCCCACCACCCGGUUGCAACUGAAACAACAAUGGCUGUCAGACAGAGGAGGCACGCGUCAUUUGCCGGCGAAAAUGCAUUUUGCGCAAAACCGAGAGCAUUUUUAGCGAAAAUCAACCGACGACGACCCAGUUGGGGGGCCUUGAGCCCUCAGAUGCAUCCUGAUGGAAUGCUGACUGACUGGCUAACUGACGGACUUGAAUGAUUGGCGGUUUCUGAGGCAUUCCUCCGGGGUGCAGCUGAGCGAAAUUCAUAUCUACGGAAGGUCAUAGAUAGUUUUGUAAUUUCCAUUUAUUUUUUAAACUUUAAAUUCUAUCAGAAAUCACUUAUAUCAUUAUUAUAUUCACAAUUCCACUUAAUAAUUAUAUAUUUUUUA